AAUCGCCCGAGAGAUCCUCUGAGUUGUUAUACUCCCCUAGAUGUUCAACCGAAGAUAUCGACUUCAACUCCAUUGAAGACUAGCACCAACCGGAAAUUUGGGAUACUAUUGAGCAGCCAUGAAGACAGUCGGUAUCAUCGGUGGCAGCACCGACUUAGCGACGGUAGAAUACUACAAGCUGAUCAAUGCGCACAUUCGCGCAAAGCUUGGAGGCUUCUAUACAGGCGAAAUCAUCAUUAAUUCCAUGAACUUUGAGCGCAGCGCUCAUUUUGUCAACAACAAUCUCUGGGAAGAAGGAGGAGAGUACUUGCAUGGAAAGGCGUUGAGCUUGGAGAGAGCUGGAGCCGAUUUCAUCAUCUGUGUCUCGAACACGUGGCACCGAGUUUCUGAGGCGUUCAUGAAGGAUGUUAAGAUUCCUCUGUAUCACAUCGCUGAUCCAACAGCCCAAGCGAUACUGGAUCUAAAGCUGCACACCGUUGCCUUGCUGGGAACCAAGGUCACCAUGUCCUCGGACUAUCUGCCGAAUGAGUUCUCAAGCCGUUUCGGGAUAAAUAUCAUUGUACCAACAGACGAAGAACAGAUUUACAUUGACGACGUAAUCUUCAAUGAACUCGCCAAAUCCCAAUUCACAGAGGAGUCAAGACAGGGCUACCUAAAGAUUGUUGACAAGUUGGUCUCUCGAGGAGCACAGGGUGUCAUCCUAGGGUGCACGGAGAUUCCGCUACUCAUUGAACAAAAGGAUCGACCAGACGUUCCAAUGUUUAAUACUCUGGAGCUACAUGCGCGGGGUGCUGCGGAGAAGGCGCUGUUGGACUAGCAUGGGAAAUCGUGGCCUGGAUCUUGGGGAAAGUGACUCACUUUUAAUGGCGAUGCACGCCUUGAAUCUUGGAUAUAAUAAGAGAUUUCGAGUCGAGAAAGGGCAUGCGAAUUGUUCGGAUACCAAAGAGGUGGAUAAUGAAGGGUUGCUAGGUACGGAGUAGAAUUGAGGGUUUAUAGAACCAUCUUUCCAUGCAGGGAUGAACAAUGCAGGGAUGAAAAUUCGUAUAUCAUAAUAGAAACUUCACAAAAU